GUCAAGGGGAAUUGGGCUUCUCUUUCCGGGAUCUGUGUGAAGACUUCUGAUUGGACAACAAGGAGAUUUCCAUUGCAAUCGCAUCAAUUAGCACCCAUUUCUCACCGGGUUCCCACCCGGAAGCUUCCCUGGGGAUUGCUCCCUUUAAGCUGUGAGCGGCCUGGAACCGGCUGCCUGCAGCCUUCCCGAUCUCGGUGUGACCCCAUGGCGCAACGUUUCCUGGAAUUCCAGCAGCAGAUGGAUCCCGGUCCUCGAAAGGAAGAUUACUGUUUCCCACAGCAAGAAGCUGAUUCCAGCAACGGUGGGCUCUGCGCCUUUCCACCCUAUCACUCGGCUGCAGAGCAGCGGCAGGUCCCGGGACAACACGUGGAGGCCGAGGCUUGGCGAGCAGCAGAUCCGACCUUGCUGAACCCUGCCGGUGGCCCUGCUGUGGAAUCCUGGCCUGAACCAUACCAGAGACAACCGUCCUGUCAGGUGCUCAAGGCUGUAGUGGACCAGGCAGAGAAUGGACCAGGCACCUCCUGCUCCCUGGAGACUCCCCGUGUUCUGCUGCCUGGGGCAGUCUCCCAGGGUGGUCUGGAUGGGAGAGAAACCACGUGGCUGGGUCCUUUGAAGGAAGGCAGCUCGAACACGCGGUCUGUGCCGAAGAUGUGUAAGGGUCGCACGACUUUCACUCCAGAGCAGCUCCGGGUUUUGCUACACCGCUUCCAGCUGCAGAGAUAUGUGUCUGCAUCAGAGCGGCAGGACCUGGCGAAUGCGCUGGGGCUGAGCAGUCAACAGGUGAAAAUCUGGUUCCAGAAUCGCCGUAUGAAAGUGAAGCGGGUCCUGAAGGAACCACUCGACAACCCUAUGGCCACCUUUUUGCCAAAGGACCCGUCACAGAAGAACCCUGUCGCCAUCAGGAAUCCACACAAUUAUAUGAAGCGGCAGUUUUGCAACUACCUGCUGCCCGGGCAGCUCUUGCCUGCCCCUGAGCCAGCAUGCCCUAGCUGGGGCAACUUUCAGUCCACGUUCAUCAAAAGUGCCUUGCAGUACUCAAACGAGUCUGUCAAUUUCUCUAUCAAGAAGGAAGCAGUUGCUCUGUCCUCCCAGCCAGAGGCAGAGCAAGGAAACGGCCCAGUGCCUCUCUGCAACCCCACCGCUCCAGUGGGGCACUUUUCUCUGCAACAGGUCUUCCCAAGAUCUGCCCAUGCCCUGCCAAGGGUCUCUGUACCUGCCCAUGCCCUGCCAAGGAUCUCUGGGCCUGUCUUUAGACAGAAGACCCACUCUUUUGUAUAUGAGAGAUACAACCCUGUGGAAAAACAGGUUGAGUAUGAGCAAGUGAUUAUUUCCUAGAUCAGGCUGCCCUUAGUGCUGGGGUGAAUCUCACUUUGUAAUGAGAAACCCAAAAUCUAGAAAUGGUCUUGUCUGCAGAACCCUCUCACAGCCCUAGUGCAGCCUUCUCCUCCUCCCUCCACCCCCCUGCUUCUCCCCUACCCCCCCCCCCCAAUGCUCCCUGGCCUCUGCAUCCUACUCCCCUCCCUUCUACUUCUACAGACCCUCAUCUACUCUCCCUGAUCUCAGGAUCUGUAGGCAGUCCCUCUUCCUCCACCCUGAUUUUGUACAUGCCCUUGACUCAAUGUUUCAGAACUGGGACAGACCAAUAGAAGGAGGCUCCAUUUUUUUUAAUGUUUCUAUUUCUAACAACUUUAAAGGAGUACAGCUGCAGACAAUCUGAUCUGAGUCCCCUGUUCCCCAUCCCCUUGCCAGAGCCUGGCUGUAGACAAUUUGGCCAGGGCUUGUACUCUGCCAAAAGGAAUAUUUCUUUGGAAUGCCCUGGUCUUUGUGGCUCUCCUCUUGAAGGCAGACAUCUUGCCCUAUGUAAGGAAUAUCUCUUCCACGGGCUCUCCAGCACAUCUCCAACAUCUGUCCAGCCUCGGCAGCAAUGGUGGAAAGUUGUCAUACAGUUGUCUCUUUUUUUUAAGUACUAGUUUUUAUAAUGUUGUUUGUUACUAACCUCAAUAAACAUGGGCUUUCCUUGUUUGUGCCCAACCAGA